UCGGACUGUUUGGGGAGGAAGCCAACUUGGAAACACGGUGGAGUGAAACUCCCGAUUGUAUUUCACUGAAGCGGUCGGCGGCUGUGAGCGCAGGCAGACGGUGGCUUCUCUCUCCGGGGUGUAAUGACCCGCUACAACCGGAAUUCCCAGCAGUCCUCUUCCUCCUGUGAGCCUCCUGGAAGUUCAAACUUCGCUUCAAACUUUCGGCGGGUCCCCUCGCUUUGAGCUCAUUAACAAGCUCCGAACUGCUGGCCUGUGGACCGAGGCGUCCGACCCACAUGUUCCCGGCCGCUGCUCGCUGCUCUCGGGAACAACCAGGUGAGCGGUGCGACUAGUUUCCUUGGGGAGCUGCGAAGGCGGUACUUUACCUGUACGCACACGGCGACGCACGGAGCUCGUUGACGUUCCCAUUUUCGCGCUACGGUUCUCCUCGUAGCCGCCGAAGGAAAAGGAACGGAGAGCCGCAGACCACCAGGACGGUCAUGUACCUAGCAGGAGGGAGCGAGUCCCGGCGGAGGGACGGCAGGAGGAACCCCGCGGCGACGACCAAGAGGAACCCUAUGGUGUUGGCUGUGGGCUUUAUCUGCCUUCAAGUUCUGUCCAUCCAGGCUGCAGCUAUCCAGUUCACCAAGGAGCCCAAGUCUCAGGAUGCCCUGCACGGACGCAGCGCCAUGCUACGCUGCGAAGUCAGCGACCCGGCCGACAUCACGUACCGCUGGCUACACAACGGCCAGCGCCUGAUAAGCGAUGACAGGCGCUUCCAGGAGGGCAACAACCUGAAAUUCACCGCCGUUGAUCGGCAGCUCGACGCAGGGAGCUUUGAGUGCGUUGUAGAAAACUCUGUCACAGGAGAGUCUCUUCAGUCCACCAAUGCCUCCUUCAAUAUCAAGUGGUUGGAAAGUGGCGGUGUGACUUUGAAGGAGCCCGUCUCAGAAGGGGAGAUCCAGAGUUCUUCACCCGUCACGUUGCGCUGUCAUAUCGAUGGACACCCACGUCCGACGUGCCAGUGGUUCAAGGACGGAGUGAAGCUGACGGAGAAAAGCCAUCAGAUCAACAACAAGGAGAGGACGCUCACCUUCAAGAGUGCCAGUCCUGAUGAUAGUGGCCUGUAUUACUGCUGCGCCAAGAAUGCAGCUGGGCACGUCUGCAGCAGCAGCAACUUCACUCUCAACAUUAUAGAUAAGAGUUUCCCGCGGCCGGUGGUCACUCCUGAGGACCAGGUGGUGCUGAAGAACGAGGAGGCUGUGUUCCACUGCCAGUUCACUGCAGAGCCAGCCCCCACAUUGGAGUGGUACCAUGAAAACGAGCUGCUUGGAAACAAGUCUCGAGUGUUCCUGCUAUCCAACGGGACGCUGCUGAUCACGCAGGUCAAGCCCAGGAACACCGGGGCCUACAAGUGUAUCGGCCGUGGCCUCAGAGGAUCCCACGUUACGCUGGAGGCUUCCCUCCUCAUAGCUGAGAUAGAAGACAUGGUGGCGAAAGCGUCAAAGGUUUUCACCGCAGACACCCUGCAGCGGGUGACCUGUCGACCUCCUCGCGGCAGACCAGAGCCGGAGGUGUGGUGGGAGAGGGGAGGUCAGAGGGUCCCCACAGAGGGCAGAGUGCACCAGGACGGUCUGGAUCUGGUCUUCAGCCCGACAGAGGAAGGAGAUUCAGGAACCUACACCUGCGUGGCUCAGAACAAGGCCGGACGAAAGACACAGGAGGUCACCUUCACUGUGGCCACUGCUCCAGUGUGGGUGUCGAGGCCUCAGGACAGCCAUUUAGAAGAGGGUAAACCAGGUUACCUCCACUGUCACGCUCAGGCCAACCCUCAACCCGAGGUCACCUGGCUCCGCAACAACAUGAUGAUAACACCCGAGGACUCUCGUUUUAAGAUGUUCCCGAACGGCACCCUCAGGAUCAACAAUGUGGAGGUGUAUGAUGGACAGAUUUACGGCUGUGAAACGAAGACUGUAGGCGGCCGACUGUCUGGGCAAGCUCGAGUCAUUGUGCUCGAGAAGCUGAAAUUCACCCCGACUCCUCAGCCUUCCCAGUGCCUGGAGCUGGAUAACGAGAUCACCAUCCAGUGCUCCGCCACGGGCCGGGAGACCCCGACCAUCCGCUGGACCAAAGCAGACGGAGGAGAGGUGCCGCCUCACGUGGAGCAGAGGAAUGGCCAGCUGCAUUUCUCCAAAGUCACUCGCAGCGACGCCGGCAACUACACCUGCAUCGCCUCCAACAGCCUCCAGGGGGAGAUCCGAGCCUUGGUGACCCUCACUGUGGCCGUGUACAUUCACUUUAAGGUGGAACCAGACAACACAACGGUGUACCAGGGUCACACAGCCAUCCUGCACUGUCAGGCCACCGGUGACCCCGAGCCUCACAUCCACUGGAUGGUUAAAGACAAGGUGCUGGACAUCAGCAAGAGCAGGAGGUUCCAGAAGAUGCCCAAUGGCUCCUUGCUGAUUUCAGAUGUCACUACAGAUGACACGGGCAGGUACACGUGUGUGGCCGGAAACAGCUGCAGCAUCAAAUACCGUGUGGCCCAGCUGCAUGUAGUGGAGAAACCCAUGGUUUACAAUCACGAAGAUGAAGACAAGGCUCCUUACAAGAUGAUCCAAACCAUCGGUCUGUCAGUGGGAGCGGCUGUGGCCUACAUCAUCGUAGUGCUGGGACUCAUGUUCUACUGCAAAAAGAGACGCCACGCCAAAAGACUGCAGAAGGGCCAGGACGGAGAGGAGCCUGAGAUGGAGUGCCUCAAUGGAGGGGCCGUUCAACAAAAUGGCCACACCACCGCUGAGAUCCAGGAAGAGGUGGCCCUCACCAACAUGGGAACCAUUGCAACAACCGAGAAGCGCCACAGUCACGUCAACGACAAGCUCCACUUUCCCCGAACAAACCUGCAAACCAUCACUACAUUAGGUAAGGGGGAGUUUGGCGAGGUGCUGCUGUCCAAAGCCAAAGGUAUCGAAGAGGCCGAGGAGGAGACGGUGGUUUUGGUGAAGAGCCUGCAGACCAGAGACGAACAGCUGCAGCUCGACUUCCGUCGCGAAGCUGAAAUGUUCGCCAAGCUGAGCCACCCCAACGUCGUCCGGCUGCUGGGUCUCUGCAGGGAAGCAGAGCCGCACUACAUGAUCCUGGAGUACUACGACCUGGGAGAUCUAAAGCAGUUCCUGAGAAUUUCCAAAAGCAAAGACGACAAAGUCAAGUCUCAGCCUAUCAGCACCAAGACCAAAGUUUCCAUCUGUGCUCAGGUGGCUCAUGGGAUGGAGCAUCUGUCCAAUCACCGCUUCGUCCACAAAGACCUCGCCGCCCGAAACUGCCUGAUCAACAGUCAGAGGCGCGUCAAAGUGUCGUCACUCAGCCUCAGCAAGGACGUCUACAACAGUGAGUACUACCACUACAGGCAGGCAUGGAUCCCACUGCGCUGGCUCCCAACAGAGUCUGUGUUUGAGGACGACUUCUCCACCAAGUCUGAUGUGUGGGCCUUUGGAGUGUUGAUGUGGGAAGUAUUCAGCCACGGGGAAAUGCCGUAUAGCAAACUCAGCGAUGAUGAAGUGUUGGAAGGUCUGCAGACAGGGAAGCUGAAGCUCCCCGUUCCAGAGGGAUGCCCCUCCAAAAUCUACAAGCUCAUGACCCGCUGCUGGGCGCUAAGCCUCAAAGAGCGCCCAUCCUUCACUGACAUCGUCCACACCCUGGGAGAGCUGCCGUCUGACAGCAAAGUCUGAGAUGAACAUCAGCCUGCAACAAGAGGGGAACUCUGAGCAACCCCCUUCCCCUAAAUAAAGACAGGAAUGCUGGAUUAUUAGUCUCACACAUUUCAGGGAAGAGGGUUGAGGAGAAACUUUUUUAUAUGCAUUUCAAACAAUUCUGAGUGUGGAUUUGACUUCUUUGCUACAUCGGUGGAAACGCACUCGUGUCUGUGUGAAUGGCUUCGUGUGAGCAGUGCCAGGAGUUUGCCUUAACCGCAGCAUGGAUGAGCCUCCCCUCCCCUCCGGUCUGUCUGCGGUUCCACUGUGACCCUGCAGCCGCUCUGUCUCAGAGACACUUUGUUUCACGGAGACUCACAACCUCGGUGCCUCUACACACACACACACACACACACACACACCUACACUUUCAACUGCUCUGUAGGGAACAUAGAGUGCUUUCACUGGCUCUGAUCAGUAGAAAUAAAUGGAAUGAAGAUUUUAAAAAAAAAACCCUGAAAAUUAGGUUUAAGUUCACCGUUUUCUCAUAAAACCAGAGAGAAUUGACAAAGGAAAGAGAAGUGAAGUUUUUUUUAGAUAUCUACCACUUAGGGAGUGUGUUAAAUGAGAUCUUUUACUGUUCUGCUUCAACUUAGAAUUCAGUCAGCUGCACUGUGGGUCUAACAGCCGAAUCCUUGAGGUGACACCCAGCUACUCCAACUUCCCCCCAAAGUGUGUAUGAGAGUGUGUGUGUGUGUGUGUGUGUGUGUGUGCGCACUGAACUGUUCUCAAAGAAGCAGAACGGGGUUUGCAUGAAGGUUUGUCGUCUGUUACACCUGUGAUUUGUGAGACAUGAGGAAACUUGUGGGAAAAGCAAUCCAUGUUAUGGUAACUCUUCAGGAACAAAAACAAAACGAUCAAGUUUUAUAGCCAAGGAAUAUAUUGGGUAGAUGAGAUUGUGCCAGUGUGGGCUUUAUACAUUUUUACAAGCGUGUUUUGUUCUUGUAUUAACUUUGAGGUGCUUAUUUGUCACAACCCGCGGGUAAGAACGCCCGAUAUUCCACACCAUCGUGUCGUCUCCGUUGCGGGGACAUAACCUCUCACCGCGUUUAAUCUAAUAUUUCCAGAGGUCCAAUCACAGUUUCUCUUCUGGUCCAGCUGUUUUGUGCAAUGCUGCAAAGUGGACCACCACACCAAGCAAUGUGUACAUACUGUAGAAGCCAUGCACUAACUUCACUUAAAAGAAUAUCCCUCUUUAUUUCUAUCAUGUUGUGUAGAAGGACAUGCAGGUGCCUGUUUAUUUAUGAUGAAGGUCCUGUCUUUUUUUAACUAUGUUUAUAAUAGAAAGGUACUUCUGUGAGGUAGUUAUGUAUUCAUUCUCAUGGUCCAUCUCAGCGUGCGUUCAGUGCAGCUGAACACAAAAGUACAAAGGAGGUCAAAAGAGUGACUGCAGGUCACCAGAACUCAUAAGUGCCUGGUAAAUGAAGGAUUAUCUUAACUGUUUCCCUCUUGUUACAUUAUCUAAUCAAUUGCAAUGGCCUUUGUUUAUGAACCUGUUUUUAUACGUUGUUUUUAGUGUAAUGUUUUGUUUUUAUGAACGCUAGGCACUCACACCUAGACCUCUUUUUUUUUUUUUUUAACUGCUUCAGCAAAUGUUCACAGUAAUCACAGAUAUAUACAAAAGUAUACAUGCUGCUGUCAAUAAAGGUUCACAGUGUUUUUA